UAAGUUUUUAUUUUCACAAUAUUUCCAUUCCACAAUUUUUGAUUCAUUUAUUUUAUAGAAUGAGAUAUUGCUAAAACGAAGGGACGAUUUUAAAUGCAUACGAAUCAAACGAGGUUUAGCAAAUUCAGUUUCGGCAGCUGUUUUGAAUCACCAUUUACGCGUAGGCAUGAUGAAAGAGCCGAAACAGCGACGGCCACUACAACAACGGCCACCAGCACGACAGGCACAUCGAGGCGCCGUCAACCACGUAAUUGUGAUCAUGCGCGACUGGGGCUCUCUUGUGAACCGGUCAAGCUGAAUGUCUACGAUAUAUUACGAAUCAAUGAGCUCUCUUCUUACAUCGGCCUCGGUGUCUUUCAUUCGGGUGUCGAAUUGUAUGGCACCGAAUUCGCUUAUGGUGGCCAUCAAUUUCCGUUCACGGGUAUUUUUGAAAUGUUGCCACGUGAUUAUGCGGAUCUGGGUCCGAAUUUUCAAUUUCGCCAAACGGUGCAAUUGGGCUGCACACAAUUCACCAACGAGCAGGUGUAUCAGAUUGUCGAGGAGCUGGGUCAGAGAUUCACUGGCAAUUCAUAUCAUUUGAUACACAAUAAUUGCAAUCACUUCUGUGAUUAUAUGUCGCAAUUUCUGUGUGGCAAGGGCAUACCCGGUUGGGUGAAUCGUUUGGCAACAAUUAGCGGUUAUGUGCCAUUCUUGCAACGCUUAUUGCCACGCGAUUGGCUGACGCCGCGUAGUACGCUGCACGAGAGUGUUACCAUAUUGGAUAACAGUAAUGCGACUUCUUAUGCGAAUGUGUUGAAUAAAGAGAAAUGA